CCAAUGGCCAUAUGGAUCAUAAAACAUUCCCUGAGGAGCAGUGGAAGCAGCAACUCGAAUCUUUAUUCCCACAACUGACCAAGCGAGGUAUCUUCCGCGCCACGAUGAGGAAAAAGCGCUUUGCAAACGACUUUUGAUUAUCACGCCCGUUGUAUCUCCAGCAGAUCCUUCCCGCGUUCGCGGUCUUGUCUCCGCUCUGGCAGCAGUGAAGGGCACACUCAAGUGGACCGCGGAGGUUUCCACCCUCAUCUCGUCGGCCCUCCGAAGUGUUGUAUGAUCAUGCACGUCCCUGGCUACCCACCACGGUCUCUUCCACAAUCCCCUGCUCUGCAUACAUCACCCACUACUACAUCGCAUAUAUGCAAGUUCCAGCAUCCGGUUCUCGCAUAUCGCCAUCGCCAUUCCGACGCUCAGACAUCCAUUUUCCUCAUCUCGUUCUCGUCCCCAUCUCCAUAUGCUCCGCCAACGAUCACUCAUCCCACGACUGCUACAUUCCCCAUUCAUACACACGCGCUAUCCGCUGGAAUUCCCGCACAAGGUCUCGAUAGCGGCCAGGCGAUCUUGGUCAGGAUUCCACAGAAGAUGUAUAUCCGUCUGGUUCGUCAUCCGCACGGCGAUGCCUGUGACGCUUACUCCACCGGACUAUCCGCACUUCGACGGGUAAUUCGACACGGGCACAGCAGAUCCAUUGAAUACGUCUCCGCCGAGAGUCUCCUGAAGGCGAACUGGCCUGAUAUUUUAUCUCGUGCCACACUACAUCUUCCGUGCUCGUAUGUGCACCCACAUUCGCAAUCUCUACAAACAAUGUCAAGACGCUAUAUCACGCAACGAACCCCGGCGACAUGACAACAUCAGGCGAUGCGAUUUCACGAGCGAACUGACUCUAGCCGGUGGAGACUCAACGGAGUCCGCACGCUCUCCUCCCCUGUGAUCCGCAGGUGCUCAGUCAGCCCAGGAUGACCUCGAACCUCAUCUGCCGCUCGUC